UGAAGUUUUAUACCAUCUCAUUUUCAAUCAAAAUAUGGCAUCCUCAAAAUUAAUCUCUUGUCUAUUUUUUCUUUCAUCCAUUGCAAUUCUUGUACAAACAGUGAACUCCCUUGAUCCACUCGUCCAUAUUUGCUCGAACUCACUCUUCACAGCCAACAGUGAUUAUGCACAAAACUUAAAAAAUCUCUUAGGUGAUCUCAACUCGAAAACUCCCCCAACAGGGUUCUCAACUAGCUCAAUGGGAAGAAAACCUGAUCGAACAUACGGGCUUUCACUGUGUCGUGGCGAUGUUUCAAAUACCGAUUGCAAGUCAUGUGUGUUAGCUGCUAGUCAAGAAAUAGGAAAACGUUGUCCAUACCGUAAAGAAGGCAUCAUAUGGUACAAUAAGUGUCUUUUGAAAUAUUCCGACGAUUGUUUCAAAGGAGAAAUCGACGAUACGAACAAGUUUAUCUGGUGGAAUAGUAGUGCGAUUGCUAAUCCAGAGUUUAUUGCUAUAAUAACCAAGGAAAUGUUGGGAUGCAUAGCUGAAAAAGCUUAUAACGGGCCGAAUUUCUUUGCAACGAAAGAAAUGAAUAUUGUAAACAAUGAAAAAUGGUAUGGAUUGGUUCAGUGCACAAGGGAUCUUUCUAAAGAGGAUUGUAAGAAGUGUCUUGAGGGUAUUAUUAGUCAACUUCCAAUAUCUGGAAAAAGAGGUGGAAGAGUUGUUGGAGGGAGCUGUAACUUUAGAUUUGAAGUGUAUCCCUUCUUUAAUACUCUUCAGAAAUUAGAGUAUAUUAUGCUAAAUAAAUAAGCUCACAAAUGGAUGUAAAUUUAGCCUAAAUAACUUACAAGUCCUCUGUGUGUGUUUGUGUCUAGAGGGCUUGACCUGUGUGUUUGUCGGGAGGGCUUGACCUAAAAAUCCAAUAUGGAUGUAAUUUAGUCUAAAUAAAUUACAAGUCCUGUUGUUGCUGUUAUUGUUGUUGUCAUAGUUAUUGUUGUUAUUAUUGUCAUAGUUAUUGUUGUUA